CGUUUUUGUGUGUGCGCGCAGAAAUGAAGAACUUCACUUUCAACGCGUGGGUGAGCACACAUCCACGGGCAUGCUGUCUGAGAAUGCGCUACAAUUUGGAAAGUCAAUAUCAAAUAGCUCACAGAAGCGAAAAGAUAGGUUUUCUGUAGAAGGUAGAAAGUUGAAACAAACGGACUUGGUUCCUGUGUUAAAUAAACUAUAGAAUAAUACUCUUAUUUAAAGCAGAAGACAUGCGAGUGGAUUUUACAAUCGGUUGGAUAUUCCGCGGCUGGGUCACGCAUUUGAUCGUUACUCUUUGCGCACAGGCAGCCACAAAACCGAGCUGCAACCAACACGAGUAUGUGAAAGACAGGAGGUGCUGCAGUCAGUGUGCACCUGGAAAGUAUGUGUUUGCGCCAUGCACAAGUGACUCAAACACCACUUGCCGGGACUGUGGAAGUAAUGAAUAUCAACCAGACUGGAACAAUGAAACAAAAUGUCUCUCACAGAAAUUUUGUGACACAGGAAAGGGGUUCAGCCGCGUUCGCCCGCAAAACCGCCUGGCCGCAGUGCCCUGCCAGUGUAAGCCCGGGUUCCAGUGCUCCCUCAGCAACUGUGAGUACUGCGAGAUGAUCAAGAGCUGCCGCCCGGGGUACGGACUCACCGCAGACAAGUUUGGCCGAGGGUCCUGUAAACCAUGUGAAUAUAGACAUUUCUCCAAUGAAUCUUCAAUAGAACCUUGCAGGCCUUGGACUAACUGCAAAGACCUUGGGAAGACAGAGAAACAGCCUGGAAGUGAUAAAGCAGAUGCAGUGUGCGGGCCUCUUAUUACUGGCCCCUCCACGUCAUGGGUCGUAGUGGCGGUCUUGUCCAUGAUAGUUGUAAUUUCUUUGAUCAUCCUGUUCUUGUUUUGCUACAAAGAUAGACUGGAACCUCUCUCUGAAAACCUAAGAAAAUGUGUGCAGAAUCUGAAACGAAGUCGGAUACAACAGGAAACAUCAUUGGCAUCCUACAGUAGUAGCCAUGGACCACAGAACCUCACACUUUAUGAAAUCACCUGCCUGAUUAGCCAGGAGGAUAACACACACAAGUCCCUCAACGCCUGCCCAAAUGGCAGCGUGGUGAACGGUCACCCCACGACGGCAGGACUGUAUCAGAAAGAGGGGCCUGCUGGGCCCUGUGACGAGGCUUUGGGAGGAGAGCCCUCCCCGACACCCUCCUCUGGCUCCUGCAGCUGUGUGCUCUCCUCGAAGGAGCCCAUGGAGGUGGGAGAGAAUGAGGACUGCAGUCAGGCGGUGGCCACAGGCCUGACUAGGGCCUGCUCGUGCGGCGGAGAUAGCGGUACGAGCAGAGGGAACCUGCUCCAGGAGAGCUCCGUCUAUCACACGUGCUCCGCCUGCAGCCUGUCAGCCUGCUCCCACUGCGCCAACCGGCACGGCUCAUGUGACGCCUGUCUGGAUUUCUGUGGUCAGACAACGAAGGACAGCGCGUCAGAAGACAAGGGCGACCCCUUGGGCUCAGCUCGAGUGGACGGAGACUACAGACAGAACGAGCCCCGCUGCUGUAGCAUAGACUCCACCACUGUCCCUAUGGGCUCCUCAGACUGUGAUAAUGAGCAGCACAGCAGCCAGGAGAAGCUCUCUGUCACGGACCUUUCUCUGGACCUCCGUACUGAGAGCUCCAGUCACACCUCAGACCCCCCUCUGACAUCCGGUCACGUUAUGGGAAACAGCAACACCACAUUUAUUUCUAAUGGACAGGUGAUGAACUUCAGCGGUGAUGUCAUCGUGGUGUAUGUCAGUCAGAACUCUCAGGGCAGUGGGGGAGGUCUGGAGGAGGCAUUCUGCAGCCCGGUGCAGGAGGAGUCCAGCGAGGAGGACUUCCAAGGUAUCACCAAGCCCAAGAGGGACACUGUGCCACGGGAGGACGUGCCACACCCUUUACAGGAGGAAACACACCAGCGGUCUGCAGCCAAUCACCGGACCCUGCCUCUUCAGGAGGAAACACACCAGCAGUCUGCAGCCAAUCACAGGACCCUGCCUCUUCAGGAGGAGAAAAAUGCAUGAAAAAGAACUUAAUGGGAUCAGGAAAUAUAGGCAUAAACCUAUGCUGGAACCAAUUUUGUCUUUUGCAUUUCCGGUUGUUCUCAAUGCAUUCAGAGUGCUUUGUUAAGAUAAAUGCUGUGCAUUUGUUGAGUAAUGUAUAUAUAUAUAUAUAUAUAUAUAUAUAUAUAUAUUUCUGUUAUUAUUAUAAGUUAUUAACUUUCCCAGGUUACCCAGUCCCAGUGUCAAACAAAUGGUGAAAAAAGGUACACUAGCAAACACAAAGCUGAUCUUUGUCUCUUGAAAAUCUCUUGAUAAUCCAGUUUGUCUACCUUUUUUGCCAGCGUUCUUUUGAUUCUGUUGUUGGGUAGAAUUUGUGACAUCUGUGUUUAAAGUUCAUCAAACCAUUUUGCCACACGCACUAGCAUAGACAGGGACUCAAUUCUGAGUUCCAUUGUGAUGGGAUAUUUUGAAUAAAGCUGGGGUUUGCUUUUAUUUCUUUCAUUUAUGAUUAAAAGAGUAUAUAAGCAGUCUGUGAUGUAUGCAAAUGACAAAUAUAAUGAAUGUAGACAAAAUUCAGCAUUAUGAGGUGCAGGGCAGCACAAUGCCGGAAACAAAGGGAUUUAGGGAAUGAUGGACUUAUCUCAAGAAUAAACACUAAACUAAAAGGGUUUCAGAAACUAAAUUCACAGCUCUCUAAAGAAAGGUUUCAUUUAUGAUCAUUUUUAUAUACUGGUUUACAGCAAUGAUCUCAAGAAAUAUGAGCAUCUGUUGAGGUUUAUAAUUGCCUCACUAGCGUUUGUUUACAGAACAUUUUCAACAUGGCUACGUCCUUAAAUCAAGUCCUUUGUUUCAUUAAAAAAAACAAAAAACUUAAACUUUAAUCAAUCACCAUGAACACUGUGCUAAUAUUUUUAGGGAAGAGAAAUUCUCAGUUUACUAGCAGACUUGCCUACCAACAGGAAGAACUUUUAUAACAAUGUAUACAUUGUAAACUGAAUUGUGUGUUUAUAACUACCUAUUUUGAUAUAAAAUGAAAUUCAAUGAAAUAAAAUUUUAUAAUCAUGUUUUCCAAGUUAGAUUUUUGCCCCACAUUCAGUGAUAGACACUGUUAAUGUGGAUAUCUUUCAUCUUUCGGCUUAAAAUAAAAUGCGUUUUUCAGGAAAAAUCUGUCAGUUAAGCAGUGUGAUAUUUUGGGAGCGCCUUGCUCUUUUGACUCACCAUAAUGUUUUGAACUUAGAAUUUAUCCAAGACAAAAUAAAAGCUUUCAUCAAAACCA